AUGACUGUAUGUUCUGAUGAUUUCAUAGAACCAUUAAGGGGGAUUCUGGCCGUGCGAGAAGGAUUCUGCCUGCCGUGGGGUCUGGGGGCCACCCCCGAGUGCGACGUGAUGGUGACGGACGCCGAGGCCGGAGCUCUGUACCGCCUGACGGCCGACUUCGGCAGGGGGCGGCUGAAGCAGUGCCAGCUGGUGCGCUCCAAGCUGACCAGCCCCAGAGGGGUGGCCGUCUGCCCGAGCUCGGGUGCCGUGGUGGUGAUAGAGCACCUGAAGACUAAAGGACCGAGCGGCUGCAGCACCCGAAUGAAGAUAUUCAGUGCAGACAUGACUCUCAUUGGCCAGAUGGAUAGCUUUGGGCUGAACCUCGUUUUCCCCUCCAAAAUAUAUACCACGGCUGUGGCCUUUGACAAAGAGGGCUGCAUCGUGGUGACCGAUGUCUGCAGUCAGGCUGUGAUAUGCCUGGGGAAACCUGAGGAGUUCCCUGUCUUUAACCCGCUUGUAAGCCACGGGCUUUCUUAUCCCGUAGGACUAACUUACACAGCAAACAACUCCCUCGUUGUUUUAGACAGCGGUGAUCAUUCAGUGAAAAUAUAUAGCUGUGCCUGAGUGGGCUUAGGUGUGUUCUGCUACUGGUUUGAGCUGCUUUUGGCUACGAAGUGUGUGCGGUGCUGGUGUUCAGAGGCAUGUAGGGGGGGAGGAUUUCCUGAGCUUUACAUGAAAUGAAAUUGCUCUCUUAAACCAAGUACUGUACUUCCCAUAAAAUGUACACCAGAUCCCACGCAUGGCUGCAGGAGACAUGGUGGCUGCUGCAGACCAAAGUCAGCAGUGAACCAACCAAGCAAUUAGGAAUUUUAGAACUAUUCCAUAUGCUGACAACCAAAAAUUCAUACUACGUAUUAUUAACAGCAUUUGGAAUAGAGUAAUCCAAGAUCUGCACCUGGGAUAGAAAAGGAUGCUGCUUUUGCUUACUGUUAUUCACAUUCUGUUUUUGACAUUUCUGCAUGACAAAAGAGUCUGACUUGAUCAUAGGAGAAGUGGCAGCUUCAGCUUAAGGCCAAUUGAUCCAGCCAUGAUGAGUUGCAAUACAUGAGCUAUUAACAUUUAGUGGGUUAUAUGAAGUGAAAAGAUGCUCAAAGUCUUUUUGUUUUCUUCUCCAUAUUGGGGAAAUGCACUUCUGGGUAUGCCCUUCUUUGUAUGCAUUUCUUACCACUUUUUUAGUGUUUUACUGAAACACUAACACUUCCCACAUAUCGCGUGGAUCCAUAUCUUCAUUGGGAUGUGUAAUUACUGGCAUGUGUGGCUUUCCCUAAAUGCAUCUCCAGGUACUCGUGUUUAGACCAUGGGUAUUUCUGCAUCUACAGAAUGGAACUGGCCAUGUUAGUAACACAGGUACUCUUGAGAGAUUUCCAGUACUGCCUGCAUCUGUCUUGAGAUUAAUAUGGUACUUCUGCACCACUCUGCAAAAUUCAGUUGAGAUUUUGAAUGUUGGAGAAGAGUAGUAAGGACAAAGGAGUGAGAGCCUUGCCUUUUUGAGCCUACAAAAAGUAUUUUGCUGACAGCAGAUAGCAGAUUAAGAACUUUCUAUAUUUUCUUGAAAACCGUUUUGCUGUGGAUGUGAGUUCUUUUGCCUUACUACACCACAGAAAUCCAAGUAUAUGUGUAUUAUUUUUAGAACGAUAUAAUGCACCUACUAGAAGAUGCUGCAUUCUAGGAAUUCACAUGUUUCUAAAAUAAUUACCUAGGUAGUUCAGCACUAAGAGGAGGUUACAUGUAAAUGUGUCUUGUGAGGUGGACACAAACAGAUUAAACUAACAUUAAACUUCUAGGGUAAAUUUAGUGACUGAAAGCAUGUGUAUUAACUAAAGCUGUUUCAAGUUCAUGGGUAAUCUUUCUAUUGAUUAACUUCUCAUCUGGCUUCCGCUCUGACUUCUUGGCCAUUUAAUAACUAUGAAUAAUAAUUAAUAACUAUAUGAAUAACAUGCAUGAAAUAUUUCAAAUUGGAGUAAUUUUGGCCCUUAAAAUCAAACAAUGUAUUAAAGCUCUCAUAUUCAGACUAUGUAUCUUAUGUUAACAUUUAUAAAAGCAAAGCAAACAAGUAUAUUAAAUACAGCUAUUUGUAAAGGUUAAUUGAACAGUGGACUGGAUGUCAAAUACCCAAGGAGUUGGAUACAUUGGAAUAUGAAUAAGAACAGAUGAAAGUGGGAUCCACCAGUGUCCAAACAAAUUGUUUCCACACUCCUGAGAACAGGAAGAGGCCAAGACGUUCCUGUUUUUAAGAAAAUAAAAUUCUACAUACAUCCUA